AUGGCACCCUUAAUCUCUUCUGCGAAAUCGACCUUGUCAUAUCCCCUAUAUGCUUGUGACUUCGAUCCGGUAGAUUCCUCCAGAUUGGUGGUUGGCGGGGGUGGAGGUGCUGGAAGGACAGGUGUGGGAAAUAAGAUUACACUUUUGGACACUUCAAACCCAAAUGAGCUGAUUGAAGCGGGCGAGAUAGAUCUCAGCAAAGAAGAAGAUAACGUCACCAGUCUCGCAGUUGGCCAGGGUCAAGGAAAAGCAGCCUUUAUUUUCGCAGGAGUAAAUUCUAGUCCGCAGGAUUUGGGCAGAGGGGAGAAUGCGCAUUUUCGAGUAAUUAGAAUACAGCCAGUCACGAAAGGAAAAGAGAAGACUACGGAACCUGGUGCGACAACGAACCAACUGUCCGAGGUUUCGAGAUUUUCUUUAUUUACACAUGUCGAAAAGGAUUUAUACCAAAGGGUCACUCGAUUAUCACGGCCCUAUCCAGGACAACCACAAUGGGGUGCGAUUGCGACGGGGCUUGCGAAGGAUUCCGAAAUAGCACUUUUCCAAACUGCACAAACCGGACCACCUAUUUCUAAGGGUGCCAUACAAUUGGCGAAGGAGGCUGUUGAUAUGGAUUUCAUACAAACCGGAAAAGGUGAUUAUCUCUUCACAUAUGCCGAUGAUCACGAUAUCUAUGUUAAGAAGCUUGGCGCAAUAGACGAAGAGGCAGAACCCGAGUGUGUGUAUAUUACGCCGGCUUCAAGAAGCAGGGAGAAAGUCACGAUACCCUCUUUCCGAUCGAUACGAUGGUUAACGAAGGACUUCAUUAUUAUUCUCACGAAUAUUCAUAGUCAAGGAGGAGUGGUAUUACAAAUUCUCAGAUUACCACCCAGUGGGAAAGGACAGUGCAGAAUUGCACAAUCGCAUCGACUCCCAUCUAGUAUAACGAAAGCUACUGGACUCGCAGUCUGUAACCUUACGCCGCCAGUAACUCCUGAUGAAGAACAGAGCUACACUCAGUUCGUUAUCGCGGUCGCCGGUCACGAUAUCUCUAUUUCCCUCUUCAAGGUUGAUCUCCAGCAUGAAGUUAAUAACUAUUUGGUUACACCCAUCAAACCCUUUCGAACUUUCAAGAAAGUCCACCCACUCCAAAUCACAGGCAUAGCCUUCUCAACUUUCACACCACCCACCCAUCCCGUCACUGCAAGCACUCCUCCCCAAUACCUCAAACUCGCUAGUGUCGGCAUUAGCAAUACCGUCAUUGUGCACACCCUCCCUCUUUUCCCGGUUCCUCUAUCUGUACAGAGAGGUCAAUCACGCACACCUCGUUACGUCGUUGCUCUUCCUUCCAGUAAAACCAUUUACUCUCUUGGAAUCAUCGUUUCUAUCCUCGCAGCGCUGUUGACGGCAAUCUUGAUGCAGAGUAUACUGGAAAUUAGAGGUGCUGUGAAACCACAUUUGGGCGUUGCCAAUUAUCUACCUGUGCCCUUGCAAGAGGCGAUUGGAAAACCAUACACCUUUCCCUCCAAUUACCAUGCGCUCAAUACACAUACCUCCACCCCCUCAUCAAACCCCACCUCUACCCCCGACUUCUUCGCCUCCCUCCGUACCUCCUCCCCGGGAUCUCCUCCUCCUCACAUCUACCUGCACCACGGACCCGCCAUCCUCAUUCCCGACCAAGAAACCUCCUCGGGAAUCACAUCGCCAGAAAUCCCAUCAUCAAUAAAAGCAGUGGUCCACGAUAAACAAAUUCAUAAAGGGGGCAAAUCAUGGGAGGAAUUGGCAGCGCCACAAAGAGAAAGCUGGAAAAGGAAAUUAAAGGAGGCGGGACAGUGGGUGGAGGAGAUGGGGGAGACGAUUUUUAAAGGGGUGGUUUUUGGGGAGUUGGGGGGAAUGGUGGGGGCGGUGGUUGUGGAGGCUGCGAGGGUUUAG